CUUCACCCGGGCUCCGCUCUUGCCUUCUCCACACUUGUUUGAAGUUACUAGAAAGAAAGGAAGAAAAAAAAACCUGAUUUGGUGACUGCAAGAAACAACACGUUGCUGAUUUUAUUCUGCGAAUAAUGAUUUAUGAGGAAUCCAAGAUGAAUUUAGAGCAGGAGAGGCCAUUCGUCUGCAGUGCCCCAGGCUGCUCUCAGCGCUUCCCCACAGAGGACCAUCUGAUGAUUCAUAGACACAAGCAUGAAAUGACUUUGAAGUUCCCCUCAAUAAAAACAGACAAUAUGUUAUCAGAUCAGACUCCGACUCCAACGAGAUUCCUGAAGAACUGCGAGGAAGUGGGGCUCUUCAAUGAGCUGGACUGCUCCCUAGAACAUGAGUUCAGGAAGGCUCAGGAGGAGGAGAGCAGCAAGCGGAAUAUCUCGAUGCAUAACACAGUUGGUGGGGCCAUGGCGGGGCCCGGAGCUCACCAGCUUGGCAGCACCCGGAUGCCCAACCAUGACACCAGCGUUGUGAUUCAGCAAGCCAUGCCGUCACCCCAGUCCAGCUCUGUCAUCACACAGGCACCUUCCACCAACCGCCAGAUCGGGCCUGUCCCAGGCUCUCUAUCUUCUCUGCUACAUCUCCACAACAGACAGAGACAGCCCAUGCCAGCCUCCAUGCCUGGGACCCUGCCCAACCCGACGAUGCCGGGUUCUUCUGCCGUCUUGAUGCCAAUGGAGAGACAGAUGUCAGUGAACUCCAACCUUCUGGGAAUGCAAGGUCCAAAUCUGAGCAACCCCUGUGCUUCUCCCCAGGUCCAGCCAAUGCAUUCAGAAGCCAAAAUGAGGUUGAAGGCCGCGUUGACUCACCACCCUGCUGCCAUGUCCAAUGGGAAUAUGAACACCAUGGGACACAUGAUGGAAAUGAUGGGCUCCCGGCAGGACCAGACGCCACACCAUCACAUGCACUCACACCCGCAUCAGCACCAGACACUGCCAGCCCAUCACCCGUACCCACACCAGCACCAGCACCCAGCCCACCACCCUCACCCUCAACCCCAUCACCAGCAGAACCACCCACAUCAUCACUCCCACUCCCACCUCCACGCGCACCCUGCACAUCACCAGACCUCGCCACACCCACCCCUGCACUCCGGCAACCAAGCACAGGUCUCACCAGCGACACAACAGAUGCAGCCAACCCAGACAAUACAGCCGCCCCAGCCCACAGGGGGCCGCCGGCGAAGGGUAGUGGACGAGGAUCCUGACGAGAGGCGGAGGAAAUUUCUGGAACGGAACCGGGCAGCUGCCACCCGCUGCAGACAGAAGAGGAAGGUCUGGGUGAUGUCACUGGAAAAGAAAGCAGAAGAACUCACCCAGACAAACAUGCAGCUUCAGAAUGAAGUGUCCAUGUUGAAAAAUGAGGUGGCACAGCUGAAACAGUUGUUGUUAACGCAUAAAGACUGUCCAAUAACAGCCAUGCAGAAAGAAUCACAAGGAUAUCUAAGUCCAGAGAGCAGCCCUCCUGCCAGUCCUGUCCCAGCUUGCUCUCAGCAGCAGGUCAUCCAACACAAUACCAUCACCACUUCCUCCGCCGUGAGCGAGGUGGUGGGAAGCUCCACCCUCAGUCAGCUCACCACUCACAGAACAGACCUGAAUCCCAUCCUUUAAAAUCUGCUGGUGGGUCAGACCUUGCCUCCAAGAAGAGCUGUCGCAUAUCAUGCGUCCUUUCUUUUAAGGGCAUUUUUAGAAUUAACUCAGACCUGGAAGACUCCUCAGCCCUUCAGAGACUGGCUUUCAUUUUUAUAGUUAUUAUGGAAAUGUCGUCUUUUAUACUUAGUUAUAUAAGAAAAAAAAGGGAGUUAUGCAAUUAAUUAAUCUAUCAGCUUGGGAAAUGCUUUGGUGCUUUUCUCCAAUUUUCUGGUACCAGUUAACUUGUUUAUAAAUUGAACUCUUUCUGUAUAUAGACACGGUUUCAUUCUUAUCAGUCCAACCCUUUGCUUGAAACAUCGAACCUUGUUAAACCGCAGCUUUUAGCCAAAAUGAGGCAUAACCUAGAUGUCAAGUAAACGGAUGCGAGGUAACUGGGUGGUGAGUCUCAUGACAUUGUAACACACGUCGAGUUUGUGCUGUGAUGUCGCCAGAAUUCCAGAUAAACACAGAGCCUUUUCCAUAAUUUUGUCUCUUCCUACAAAAAAUCCUAAGACCCACUGAUGUCCAAAUAAAGCCACCGAGCAUCUCACCCACCUCCACCUCCUCCCCUUGGUCCACUUCCUUGAAUUAUCCUCUGAUUUCCUCCAAUCUUCCUUUCCAUUUCCACUUUUUCCUGGGCUCCCUGUGAACUCUUUAUUUUUACUUUCUGCUGUUUUAUGUUUCCCCCUUUAGAAUUGCACAUAAAAAAGAAAAAUAAUGCUUAAAGAGGAAAAAAAAGCAAAUCUCAAAAAUAUGGAUCUAGCCAUUGCUUUCCUUGCCCAUGACCCACAGCUGGAGUUCAUUCACCUCUUGCUUUUUACAAAAUAGUAAGCAGGAGAUGUUUAAUGUGCCUGAUUUAAUGUUUUUAAUAAUCAGAGCAAAUAAAAGGUGGCUUAGCCAUAGGUGAGGCACUGUUGAAUGCCAGCUGUGGAGACACCAGGGAAGGGAGCCUUCUAAGCCUCGAUUGUGAAGGUCCAGAUUAUGAUGCAGGCUAUAACAUCACACCCUCGAAUUACAACUGGUUUAUAUGGCCUGUCUAUAAGGUUGAAAAUCCAUGUGCUGUAUAAUAAUUCAGAAGGGCUCUAUUCACUACACAUAUUACAUUGUUCAAUCAUCAGCUGCUAAUAGAUUAAGAUUUAUUAUUAUUUUUUCUCUUAAGCCUAUGGAACUGGCUCUGCUGUUCUGGUGGGUGAAAGUAGACGUACCACUGGAGGAGCAAAGAGAAAGAGAAAACCUAAUGUUUCCACAGGGGUGCUUUCAGCCCUCCCAGAACAGCCAAAGCCUUUGGCUGCUGAACGAAUCCCAUGGAUGUGGCUACUCCACUCUUCUGAAUAAUUCUGAUUUAUAUUUCCAAGAACUUUCAUUGACUUGCCUAUUACGGAAAGUAGAUAGUCCCGAACCACAGUUGUGCCUCAUUGAAACAAGCCAUUCUACUGUGUCAAUGUUUUAAUAUCACAUCUCACAAGUAACAGGGACUAAUGUUUCCCUCUAGCAGUCUAGACAGGUGCUGGUGUUUCAUCUCCAUUUGAAUGCUUGACCUAACAUGAGAGAGUGAGUGUGUGUGUGUGUGUGCGUGCACGUGUGCACAUGUGUGUAUGUGUGUUCAUGGGAUUUAAAAUAAUAUUAUUUACAAAAGGUGUAGCUUUUAUAAGCAUUCAGGAAAGGGAAAGACAUGUAUGGGUGUGUGUCUAUGUGUUUAUCUCUCACUAUAGCAUAACAAUCUAUUUUGGAGAAAAAAAAUAUGAGGGUCAUGAAGCAUGAUUUUUAUAACUAGUUUCAGUUUUAUCGAAAAACUUACUUUUCAAAUCAGUAUUUAUCAGCAAUUUUUUUUUUUAAUGUAUGCAGUGCUUUCAAAAGAAAGUUUUGAGUGUCCAGAGAAACUCAUGACUGGCUAUGUGAUCUAAAAAUCCAAACAAAAGCAAAAACAAAACAAACACACACACACAAACAAAAAAAAAUUUUUUUUUAAAGAAAAGAAAAAAAUGCAAAGGAUUUUCUAUUAUAUUUUAGACAAACAUAUCUCUUUUUAAGUAUUUUAAAUACUGAAUCCAUAGUUGUUUUAUUUUGCAUCCCAGCAGUAACAGCUGAACGAUUGACCCUAACUGGCUUCCUAAGAAAUAUUUAAGAUAUAUCUGUAUUCUGAUAUUAAAUUUAAUUUUUUCAAAACUCCUUUCUAGGACCAUGUAUGUGUCUCUCUAAAAAAGAAAACUCAUUGAAAUGUUUGCUUGGGUUUUAAAUUUUUUUAUGUUUUUCUUAUUUUUUGCUUUAAGUAAACAAAAACUUUUCUUUCUUUACUGCAUGCAUAGCACUUAAUGAAAUGGAUUUUUUAAAAAUCCACGGGUAAUAUCAGAAUGUCCAGGGAAUGGGCUGUCACUAAAAUUAUGGUUUACUUUACUUCUGUUCCACCUCUUGAUUGAAUAUUUAGUUGUUAAGCUGAAAGCCUCUGUAGUGAAGAACUUGCUUGAGUUUCUUAAUUCAGCAACUUGACAGUUUGACUGAUGUGCAUUAUAUAGAGCUCAAUUAUGUCUGUUUUUUAUGCUAAAUAGGCAAACUAACCAACCACACACACACACACACACACACACAUUAGCAAACGGCCCUCAAUGUACAAUUAGAAUAAACUGUCUUCUUGUUACAUUUAGAGCCUUUAGGUAUGUUCAUUAGCAGUGUGGAAAUACAGUAAAAUGGAAGAUGCCAGCUCGUUGUCAGAGUGUCUUGAAAACCUGAACAGAAAGGCUUGUUGGUCAAAUCCACACUCAGCUUAUCAAUAUUAAGUACUUCACUGGAAGGUCCAGCCUUCACCAGACCAUGGAACAAUCGGUCUGCCUGAAAAACCCCUCUGUGCCCUCCAUUUUUUGCCAAUCUGGGAAAACAUCUUUUUUUCUGCCCCAUUCUCCUCUCCCACUCAAUUCCUGGUCAUCCGCCUGUAUCUUCACCGAGCCAGUGUAAUGACCUUCAGAGCACCCAUCCUGAGGAAGGAAAGGCCCUGCAACACCGCCUCUCCUCAUUCGUGUGUGGGUUUUUUAUUGGCAGCAUCUGCCUUUGAAGUCACUGCCAGCCUACCUGAAAAUUUCUACAGUGCUUCCCUUGCCUUCUGUGAUGGGACCCGACUUAGGUACCCUGAUGGCAUUUUUACCAGGUGAUCCUAAAUUGAGGCGUUCACAUUGUAUUUCUUCUUAAGACAUUUCCCAACAUAUGACGCCAGGACAGGUGGAGUAAAUCCUAAGGAUGAACGUACUCAUUUUAAAGUCUGUCUUAAGCUGAUGUUUUCCCUUUACACCUCCAUUCACCCCUCCCUACCUCCAUGUUAGUGUGCGCGAGCGCCAGUGUUCACAUGGUCCGUGGGAGAUGGCAGUUUCUGUGGUGUCACUGAAUGAAUGGUGAUAAUUUGGGUGACUCACUUGGAGCAAAGCUCUUUGGAGCCUAGCUGGUCAAAGAAAUCAAAUGCAGCACCUGUUCUGAACAGAGGGGUGUCAGUGAUGGAUGUUCAGGGAGUUGGGUCGCUGUUAUGUCAAUUUCAGUGUGUCAGUUGCGUUUGCCAUUAAAAUCUGAAACCAGCUGCGGUGAAAGACCAGCCUUUGGCUGGGGAGUUUUAAGCAUCAGUAACUGCUAUCAAACUAGCCAUCCAGUUAGGAUAGAAUGUGCUUGUUUUUGGUUAAUAAAAACCAUCGAAGAAAAUAUAUUUGUAUGUAUGUGUGUAUACAGUGGAAUUCAAGGACCAAAGCAAAAUUUGAACAGGAAUCUAUUAAUUUAGAAUUUUAUAAGAUAUUUAUUAAUAAAUGUUAUUUUGAAACAUUCCAUUUGAACAGUAUUCUUCUGUAGGAUCUACUUGUUUUUAAAGUAUUAGUUCAUAAUAAACUACUCUAGAUGUGUAUAUCUUCAUUUUUCAGGGUUUCAAACAGCUAUUCUCCAUCAUGUGGUGGAAGUAUUUCGCUUAGAUCUCUGUGCAUAGAAAUUUCAAGGAUUUUUAUUGCUCUGUGAGUUAUUUUUUAAUCUAUGUUCUGAACGGUUUUUUUAAAACAUUCUUUUCUCUUUUUGUCUUUUUUUUUAAUUCUUAAAGUAAGCUCUUUCCUUUAGGAAGCAGAGUUCAGCUAAAGGGAAUCAGUAACUAUAACUGGAACAGCUUUCUUACAAAAGUGUAGGACCUCCACCUCUGCUUCUCUCCACCCCACCCCGAUUUCCUAGAAUGCCUUGCACUAUUCAGCUUCCUUAGUGCUCCCUUUGUCCAGUCCCAAACAAUGUGCCGUAGCUUUAAGCCAUUCAAGUUCCAUUAUGCAGUAUAUCUGAGAAGGAAAAGGAAACAACCCAUUUAAAUUUGAAUAAAACUGUGCCUAUGCGAACAGUAGCAAUUUAGAGUCUCUCUUCUGCUUUUAAAAUAAUUUAUAUUUUAAAAUUGCACUUUAGCUUUUUCAAUCCCUGUUUCUCUGGUUCUUUCUCAAAGACCCUCCCUUUCCUCAGACUUGCCUUCUGCUCUCCUCUUUCCAACUCCCCACCCUUCCCCUCAGGCUCUGAGCUGCAUCAUUUAAAAUACUUUACAGAAUAUUUGCACCAGGUACAUGUGCGUGCGUUCCUUAGUAUCCUAGCAAAGACAUGUUCCUCAUGUCAGCCUAGAUGAAGCCUGCUACGAGAAAACCAAGGAGAAGAGCCAGUUUAUACUCUUUAACCCUUUAUUCAUAGCAUGUU